AUGGCGAUGAUGAAAAUGAAAUUUAACCUGAAGAAACGAGUCAAGUUGGCUCAGGGGAUAUGGCUGAUGAAUUGGUGCAGUGUGGUCGCUGGCAUCGUCCUGUUUUCCAUGGGAUUGUUCCUCAAGAUCGAGCUGAGGAAGAGAAGUGAGGUGAUGGAUAACGUCGAAAGCCAUUUUGUGCCCAAUUCCCUCAUCCUCAUGGGGGUGCUGGCCUGUUUGCUUAACGCGUUCGCUGGUAAAAUCUGUUACGAUUCUCUGGAUCCUGCAAAGUUUGCAAAGUGGAAGCCAAUGCUGAAACCUUACUUGGCCGUCUGUCUGCUCUUUAACAUCUUCAUGUUCUUCAUUGCCGUGGUGUGUUUGGUGACCAGGGGGUCUUUAGAGAGCACCCUGGCCCAUGGGCUGAAGAACGGGAUGCGUUAUUACAAGGAUACGGACACCCCGGGGAGAUGCUUCAUGAAGAGGACCAUAGAUCUGCUCCAGAUCGAGUUCAAAUGCUGUGGGAAUAACGGAUACAGAGACUGGUUUGAGAUCCAGUGGGUCAGCAACCGAUACCUUGACUUCAGCUCCAAGGAGGUGAAAGAUCGAAUUAAAAGUAACGUGGACGGUAAAUACUUGAUCGAUGGAGUACCAUUCAGCUGCUGCAACCCCAGCUCCCCCCGACCAUGCAUUCAGCUGCAGGUUACCAAUAACUCUGCCCAUUACAGCUACGACCUUCAGACAGAAGAACUGAACUUAUGGACCAGCGGCUGUAGGGAGGCUGUGCUGUACUACUACACCAGCAUGAUGAGUUCCAUGGGGGCUCUGGUCUUACUCGUCUGGCUAAUGGAGAUGGCCGACAUGAUUGGGCUCCGUUACUGACACUGCUUGGACAGCAUAGCAAAUCCCGAAGAUCCUGAAUGUGAAAGUGAGGGCUGGCUGGAGAAAAGCCUAAAAGAGACUAUCGCGUCUUUCUUGGGAUUCCUAAAAAGUCUGUUUAAGAUUAACAAGGUGGAAAAUGCCGAAGGUGACGGAGAAGACAAGACCCCAGCAGUGGCCACCGUCAGCUGA